AGUGCGUCGAGCUCGCCGCGGACCCAAGAUGGCGGCGUGUGGACGUGUACGGAGGAUGUUCCGCUUGUCGGCGGCGCUGCAGCUGCUGCUGCUAGCGGCGGCCGGGGCCGACAAACUCACUGGCCAGGGCGGCCACAACCAAGGCCAAGGCCUGGCCGCCAACUUUGUGCCUUUCCUAGGGCAGGCUGCAGGCGGCGGCCCGGUAGGUCAGCAGCCGCCCCAGUUGCCUCAGUCAUCGCAGCUCCAGCAGCAGCAGCAGCAGCAGCAGCAGCAGCAGCAGCAGCAGCAGCAGCAGCAGCAGCAGCAGCAGCAGCAGCAGCCGCCUCAGCAGCCUUUCCUCGCGGGUGGGCCUCCAGCCCGUCGGGGCGGAGCGGGGCCCGGCGGGGCUGGCGGGGGCUGGAAACUGGCGGAGGAAGAGUCCUGCAGGGAGGACGUGACCCGUGUGUGCCCCAAGCACACCUGGAGCAACAACCUGGCGGUGCUCGAAUGUCUGCAGGACGUGAGGGAGCCUGAAAAUGAAAUUUCUUCAGACUGCAAUCAUUUAUUGUGGAAUUACAAGCUGAACCUGACUACUGAUCCCAAGUUUGAGUCUGUGGCCAGAGAGGUUUGCAAAUCAACCAUAUCAGAGAUUAAAGAAUGUGCAGAUGAACCAGUUGGAAAAGGUUACAUGGUUUCCUGCUUGGUGGAUCACCGAGGCAACAUCACUGAGUACCAGUGUCACCAAUACAUUACCAAGAUGACGGCCAUCAUUUUCAGUGAUUACCGUUUAAUCUGUGGUUUUAUGGAUGACUGCAAAAAUGACAUCAACAUUCUGAAAUGUGGCAGCAUUAGGCUUGGCGAAAAGGAUGCACAUUCUCAAGGUGAGGUGGUAUCAUGCUUGGAGAAAGGCCUGGUGAAGGAAGCAGAAGAAAAGGAACCCAAGAUUCAAGUCUCUGAACUCUGUAAGAAAGCCAUUCUCCGGGUGGCUGAGCUGUCCUCGGAUGACUUUCAUUUAGACCGGCAUUUGUAUUUUGCUUGCAGAGAUGAUCGGGAGCGUUUUUGUGAAAAUACACAAGCUGGUGAAGGCAGAGUGUAUAAGUGCCUCUUUAACCAUAAAUUUGAAGAAUCUAUGAGUGAAAAGUGUCGAGAAGCACUGACAACCCGACAAAAGCUGAUUGCCCAGGAUUAUAAAGUCAGUUAUUCAUUGGCCAAAUCCUGUAAGAGCGACUUGAAGAAAUAUCGGUGCAAUGUGGAAAACCUUCCUCGGUCCCGGGAAGCCAGGCUCUCCUACCUUCUAAUGUGCCUAGAGUCAGCUGUACACAGAGGGCGACAAGUCAGCAGUGAGUGCCAAGGGGAGAUGUUAGAUUACCGACGCAUGCUGAUGGAAGACUUCUCUUUGAGCCCUGAGAUCAUCCUGAGCUGUCGAGGGGAGAUUGAGCACCACUGUUCUGGAUUACAUCGGAAAGGGCGAACCCUGCACUGUCUAAUGAAAGUUGUUCGGGGGGAGAAGGGGAACCUUGGAAUGAACUGCCAGCAGGCGCUGCAAACACUGAUUCAGGAGACAGACCCUGGUGCAGAUUACCGCAUUGAUCGAGCUUUGAAUGAAGCUUGUGAAUCUGUAAUACAAACAGCCUGCAAACACAUACGAUCUGGAGACCCAAUGAUCCUUUCAUGCCUGAUGGAACAUUUAUACACAGAGAAAAUGGUGGAAGAUUGUGAACAUCGACUCUUAGAGCUGCAGUAUUUUAUCUCUCGGGAUUGGAAGCUGGAUCCUGUCCUCUACCGCAAGUGCCAGGGAGAUGCGUCUCGUCUUUGCCAUACCCAUGGUUGGAACGAGACCAGUGAACUUAUGCCUCCCGGAGCUGUGUUCUCUUGUUUAUACAGACAUGCCUACCGCACUGAGGAGCAGGGAAGGAGGCUCUCCCGGGAGUGCCGAGCUGAAGUCCAAAGGAUCCUACACCAACGUGCCAUGGAUGUUAAGCUGGAUCCUGCCCUCCAGGAUAAAUGCCUCAUAGAUCUGGGGAAAUGGUGUAGUGAGAAAACAGAGACCGGGCAGGAGCUUGAGUGCCUCCAGGACCAUCUGGAUGACUUGGCUGUGGAGUGCAGAGACAUAGUGGGCAACCUCACCGAGUUAGAGUCAGAGGAUAUUCAAAUAGAAGCUUUGCUGAUGAGAGCCUGCGAACCCAUAAUUCAGAACUUUUGCCAUGAUGUGGCAGAUAACCAGAUAGACUCUGGGGACCUGAUGGAGUGUCUGAUUCAGAACAAACACCAGAAGGAUAUGAACGAGAAAUGUGCCAUUGGAGUUACCCACUUUCAGCUGGUACAGAUGAAGGAUUUUCGGUUCUCUUACAAGUUCAAAAUGGCUUGCAAGGAAGAUGUGUUGAAACUUUGCCCCAACAUAAAAAAGAAGGUGGAUGUGGUAAUCUGCCUUAGCACCACUGUGCGUAAUGACACUCUGCAGGAAGCCAAGGAGCACAGAGUGUCCCUGAAGUGCCGUAAGCAGCUCCGUGUGGAGGAACUAGAGAUGACAGAGGACAUCCGGCUGGAGCCAGAUCUGUAUGAAGCCUGCAAGAGUGACAUCAAGAACUACUGUUCCACUGUGCAGUAUGGCAAUGCUCAGAUCAUUGAAUGUCUGAAAGAAAACAAGAAGCAGCUGAGUACCCGUUGCCACCAGAAAGUAUUUAAACUGCAGGAAACAGAGAUGAUGGACCCAGAACUAGACUACACACUCAUGCGAGUCUGCAAGCAGAUGAUAAAGAGGUUCUGUCCAGAAGCAGAUUCUAAAACCAUGUUACAGUGUUUGAAGCAAAAUAAAAACAGUGAAUUGAUGGAUCCCAAAUGCAAACAGAUGAUAACCAAGCGCCAGAUCACCCAGAACACAGAUUAUCGCUUAAAUCCUGUGCUAAGAAAAGCCUGUAAAGCUGACAUUCCUAAGUUCUGCCAUGGUAUCCUGACCAAGGCCAAGGAUGAUUCAGAGCUAGAAGGCCAAGUCAUCUCUUGCCUCAAGCUGAGAUAUGCUGACCAGCGCCUGUCUUCAGACUGUGAAGACCAGAUCCGCAUGAUCAUCCAGGAGUCUGCACUCGAUUACCGCCUCGACCCUCAGCUGCAGCUGCACUGCUCAGAUGAGAUUGCCAAUCUUUGUGCUGAAGAAGCAGCAGCCCAGGAGCAAACAGGUCAAGUGGAAGAGUGCCUCAAGGUCAACCUGCUCAAGAUCAAAACAGAAAUGUGUAAAAAGGAAGUGUUAAACAUGCUGAAGGAAAGCAAGGCAGACAUCUUUGUGGACCCAGUUCUUCACACAGCAUGUGCCCUGGACAUUAAACACCACUGUGCAGCCAUCACCCCUGGCCGUGGGCGUCAAAUGUCCUGCCUAAUGGAGGCCCUGGAGGAUAAGCGGGUGAGAUUACAGCCUGAGUGCAAAAAGCGCCUCAAUGACCGGAUUGAAAUGUGGAGUUAUGCUGCAAAGGUGGCCCCAGCAGAUGGCUUCUCUGAUCUCGCCAUGCAAGUGAUGACCUCCCCAUCGAAGAACUACAUCCUCUCUGUGAUCAGUGGGAGCAUCUGUAUAUUGUUCCUGAUUGGCCUGAUGUGUGGACGGAUCACCAAGCGAGUGACACGAGAGCUCAAGGACAGGUAGAGCCUCCUUGACCACCAAAGGAACUACCUGCCCAGUGCCCAGUCUGUACAGCCUCCUGUAUAGUGUACCCUCACCUCGCCCUUCCAAGAGGUGGCACCAUCACCCACGAUAGAGCAGCAGCAGGUGCCCACUGCAUUGUCCCGUCCAGACCUGGCUACGUCCACGGUAUUCUCCUCCGCCGCUGUCUGCAGCAUCAGCAACUGGCCGCUUUGGUGGUUGCCAUUGUUGGCAUACUUGGGUUUACCUGCCUGUAGACAUGUCUCUGUACCAACAGGACUACCCGACACUUCCAGAACCAACUCACCUGACCUGCAACUCAAAACACUUUUUUUUAAAAAACCACCAAAAAAAAGGGGGGGGGAGAAAUUUUUAAAGAAAGAAAAAAAUGUACAUAGUAACACAUGUCCUCCUCCAGUUUUGACUUGGACCACAGGGUUAUUUCUUCCCUGUAGCUGUGUCAGACAAAGGCAGGACUAGGAGGGGAUGCAUACCCCAGCACGCCAUCACUGAGAGUCUGGCUCAUCUCCCAGAAGCACCUUUGGGCUGGAUCAGGGCAAAGACUUCACCAGGGACUGGAAAACCACUAACCAGCCUCUGUGGGGCCUGUGGCUUCUGCUGAAGUAGUGAUACCUUCCAGUCCCGCCCAAAAUGAACUGCAACUAGUCAAGUCCCACAGCUAGGGUGUUUCUGUGAUCUCCUCACCUGGUGCAGUCAGCCAUGAGCCUUGGGGAGGGCAGCUCUUCUGGGUCAGAGGUCCGUGAAGCAGGACAGUCCACUGAUCUGCACUGGGAGACUGGAUUCUGAGUCUACACAGCAGGACUCCAUCAUCUUUCUUCUCCAGGAUGGUGUGGACUAUCACGUCUAUGUUGGCCCUGCCAAGGGUACGGUCACUUCAGAAGUUCUCUUCUCCAGGAGACAGUGACUGAGGAGAGGGGUAUACUGGGGUAGGCAGCAGAGCAGGAAGGAAGAACAGAGGUCUGACUCACUUGGCUUUAUAUUUCAGGCUACAAUACAGGUCAGAGACAAUGACCUAUAAAGGUUUAGCAAGGCCUCAGGAUGUGACUGACCAUCCAGCCUGACCUUUCUGCACGCUCCAGGUGAAUUUCCCAGACAAGCUCCUCCAUGCCUCUGCGUGAAGGGGUAUGGAAAGUGAUUACAUUAAAAGAUGGAGAUUUUCUCCGUUCUUUUUUCUGUCCAUUUGCUGUGUGUUCCCGCUAUAGUAGGCACUGGCUAAAUGUGGUCUUUUGGUGAUUCAUCAGCUUUCUGAAGCUUUAUGGGAACAACACUGCUGGCUGUUCUCCCUUGUUGCUCCAGCAUGGAGAUGUAGGUGUGGGGCAGAGGAGGAGGAGCCCAGGCGUCGAGGUUCAGCCAGGCUCUCCUUUGAUUGAGCUUGGGGCCUGGCGUCACGGUGGCUGUGUAGGAGGGCAGCAUGUACAGUAGGAGAUAUAUUUAUAUAAUAUAUAUUUUAUUAACCUGUUAGACGUCCACAAAGUAUUAUAAAUCACGUGCCUAAAACUGUCCACAUAGACCGAGGCCCCCUGGCAUUGCCCUUCCUCCUCCUGCCUCUCCUUCACACUGUUGAGUGCCGCGGUACCUGAGUGACAUUGUCUUCCCUGGAGUGUGUUCAGUGCAAGCCGUGUCAGUUGCGGAUCAGUCGAUCCAGAUUACUCCUUGUCUCACUGACUGACAUAACAUUGGAAUACUGUGGUUUUUAUCCUUUUCCUUUUCCCUGUUUGCUGCCUUUCCUGGAGGGAGUGGGUUCCAGAAGUCGCUGUAAGUUCCCUGCUUAGAGUAAUACAAAUCUUCAGGGAGUCUGCUGAGCUGCUUUGUCCAGUCCCUCAGUCCUCCUCUUAGUGUCUUCUGAUUCUCAGCAGCUCUCCUGGGAGUCUUCAGUCUCGUGAUUCUUGUGACACCUACUAUGUAAGCAGCUGCCACCCCUAAAUGCUGCCGACAAAGCUGAGUUGGUCAGAGGGUCCCUCCCUCUCUAGGAACUGGGGCUUGAUAUCCAGAACUGGGACCAUCCCAUGGGAACGCAGGUCUCCAGUGCACGUCAGCGUGGUUUGCAGGACAGGGGUUAGUAUUCGCCAUUAGGCUGGGGUGGGGAGUAUCAUUCCCAUCCCUGCAGCUUCCUUCCCAAUAUAUGGAAAACAUCCUUGUCGUUCUAGUGCAUCUCAGUAUUCUUUGUGAACUGACAGAAAAUCCCAUUAAUUGUCUGCAGCAGAUUUGGAGGUCUGAUGAGUUUGGCUCUUUAAAUAUUUGUUAUUUUUAGAACUGUCCAGAAUAAGGCCAGGCAUGGUGGUAAAUGCCCAUAAUCCCAUGUACUAGGAGGCUGAGGUGGGAGGAUCACAAGUUCAGGGGGCUAGCUGGAGCAGCUUAUCAAGACCCCAUCUCGAAAAUGGAAAGGGCUGCAGUGUAGCUCAGUGAUGGAGCUCUUGCCUAGCCUGUUUGAGUCCCUCAGUUCAAUCCCCAGUAGUGUUUAAAAAGAGAGAGAAAGAGUAACUCUGCUGGUGUCUUCAGCUGCUUAUUUCAAGGGGCUCUUGAGAGUCCCAUACCCAGUCUUGAGCAAGUUUUUCUAAGCCCAGGAAACCCAAUGCCAUCUGCAUUGGCAGCCUACUCACCCACUCUGUACUUCAUUUGGCCUAAUAGCAAGUUGUACGACACCCUGGGGUGCAUCAUGGGUAUGAAUAAGGUAGUUGAAGCUAGUCAAGAGGAACCCAGGCCCUACUACAGGAGCUGGCAAUGAACUCUGGCCUUUCUCUCUUUUGAUAUAGAGCCCACAAACAAGCAUGUAAAAAGCAGAAUGUUUGGGACAAGGUUUCAGGCACUUGACAAAUUACAGCAGCCAGGUCUCACCAGCAUCUCACUCUUGGACACAGUGCUCCAGCCCUCUUGAGACUCCAGGACCCAGGUUCCUGGGCUAGAGGCACUGUGGUUGGGAGGUCAGAGAUCUGGACAGAAUGCCAAACAAGAUCUGCACCUUCUAAGACUUUCUCCCACAGAAGGAGAGCUCCAUGCCUGGGAUACUUCUUUAUCUUGGUGUGUCCCUGGACUUAUCUGCUGUUGCUGCUGUCCCAAGGCUGGUCUGGUGGCAGGGAGCACUGACAGGGGAGCCAUACCAAAGGCUUGGGUGCCCUCUGGAGAAAGCCCUCAUUCCCUACACUCCCAGGAGACCCUCUGUUUCCCUGCUCUAGCCCCAGUUCUGUGGAUCCAGUUGAUUUGUCUGAGCCAGUGCUAGUGUGUCCUUAGAAGCUGGGGGACUUGAGGGCUGUGGAGGAGCUAAUGUUUAUGAGCUGGUGCUGCUGGGAACUCGCUGCAGCACCCUGGUGGUCUCAUCUUAGGCUUACUCUCCUGUGCGACCCAGCAGGCUGGAGGACAUGGGUAAGAGACUGCUUUCCUAGGAGAUGUGGCAGAAAGAGAUUAAAAUUCCAUGUCUUCCUGCUUCCUGGGGUCAACUGAUAGAAGAAUCCAAUGGCAAGGAUGCUGACAUUUAUAUUUUAUUAGACAGAUUGGUAAGGAAAUUAUGUGGCUAAUGUCCCUCAACCUUCACAAGAGAAUAUUAACUCUUGUACGUCAUUGUGACUUUUGGAACUAUCCCCAUUCUCUCCACCUUCAGGAUAAUAAUAUCACUUCUGUCCAAACGAUCUCCCUAGUAUGAGUCAUGGGGGCACUUCCUGGGUCUCCUUUCCUAGCUGGUCUUAAGUCCCUCUGAGAUAAGACCUUCCCCUGCCCCAUCACAAAACAAGCCUUCUCCACAUGUGAUGGAUCUCAGUAUCUCAGUAAGAGGAUGAGAAAAGCUAGCUGGACUGGAGCCCUCAGAAGUCAUCCAUUCCAGCCUGGCACCAGUACCCCCAAAUUGUGAUCAUAGAAUCAAAAGAAGAAUGUGGCUUUUUUAUUUUGUGUAUUUUGAAAUGUUAACUUAUACUUUAGCUUCUUAAGAGUUUUACAAAACUCAACUCCAUGCCCUUCGAUUGCUCACUAUUUGAGCACACCGAAGUAGUUUUACAAUGUACAGCGCCCUAGUGUCCUUAGUUCUGUUGGGGAUUCACGUUACUUCUCUCCUGUCACCUCUCCAUCACUUGGCUUUGAUUCCCAACGGUACUUUAACAGGAUCUUGUGCCUGGCCUUCCCCCAUCCAUUUGUGUUUGAUUUGCCAUCCAUCUAACUACAUUCCCCCUUUGUCCCUCUACCAGAGAGGACCAGGCUACCUGUAAGGGCAGUCAGGUUUGAAGACGAGUCCCCCUUCCUACCCAGACCUCAUACAACAUGUGAAUCUUAAACCCAGACUGCACUUCAGGCUCACAUUCUUCCCAAGCCAUCUAGUGAGUCUGAUGUGGGGACCUACGGACUGUUUUUUGUUACCUGGAGCACAAAGAUGGAUCAGUCAGCAGAUUGGUGGUGAUGAGGUCCUGACGGGGGUCUCCUCUUCCCUCCUCUCCCCUGCAACCCACCAGGACACUAGGCCCUGCACAGUAGAGAGAUCUUCCCAGGCAAGGAAGUGGUGUGGACAGUGCCUGUGUUGUGUUUGCCUUCCCCGCAGCGUAGGGCUGACAUCUGGACCUCCCUCUGCCGGGCAACAGGUGGUUGGAACAGGUGCCCAGAUCACACUAGUGCACUGGGCAGCAAGCUUCCCAAGUGGCUGCCUCCAGCUCAAAGCCCCCAGCUCAGUCCUGGCAGGACAGGCAACACGGCAGUCCUGUGUGAAAUCUUAGGCGUCUUGACCUUUUUUUUUUUUUUUUCCUUGAAAGAAAAGUACAAUUAACAAGCCUCUUUUGUAAAUGGGUUUCCUUUCUAUGUAUAAAGUCCCGGCAGUUCCUUGUUUUUACAUGUUCAUGCUGUGUAAUUUUGAGAUGUUACUGAGAUUCUGAACAUAGUGUGCAUUUUUUUCUGUACAGAUGAAACAGGAGAAUUUAAUAAAGAGUUUGCAGGUUUGUACUUGUUAAA